UGGAACGAAGUAGUAUCGUUGAAACAUGCAACAGAUUAUACAAAGUGUUUUGAAAUCUUCUUCUUCUUUUAGUCGAGGUAUAGUACUCGUACGUAUAGUUCGAAGCAAACGUGUUUCAUAAGAGUUCGCCUACCGACCUUGAGCUUUUCUCUAGUAUCGUUCCGCGUUUUGAUCAGUGGCGAACGGUGAUCGAAUCUCGAGCCAGAGGCCCUGAUAAUACACGCGAGUAACGCGUUAGAAAUAUUCGAUCGACUGAAACGACAGAUUCGAGGAUUGUCUCCAAAAUCGACGGCCUACGAUGUUUUCGUCUGCCUUGAGGAUAACUGCAAGACGUUCGUUCUCAACGUCAAAAUGGACUGCCGCGCAGCAGGUCACCGUACGAGAUGCUCUGAAUGCAGCCUUGGACGAAGAAAUGGAAAGGGAUGAAAAGGUAUUUCUGCUUGGGGAAGAAGUAGCCAUGUACGAUGGUGCUUAUAAAGUUUCUAAGGGCCUCUGGAAAAAGUAUGGAGACAAACGUGUAAUAGAUACUCCCAUCACUGAAAUAGGAUUCACUGGUAUUGCUGUUGGUGCUGCCAUGGCUGGCUUACGUCCAAUUUGCGAGUUUAUGACAUUCAAUUUUUCUAUGCAAGCAAUCGAUCAGAUCAUAAAUUCUGCAGCCAAAACGUUCUACAUGUCUGCCGGAAAAGUAAAUGUACCAAUUGUCUUCCGUGGACCAAAUGGAGCAGCAGCAGGUGUAGCCGCUCAACAUUCUCAAUGCUUUGGUGCAUGGUACAGCCACUGUCCUGGUUUAAAAGUAGUGUCGCCCUAUAAUAGCGAAGACGCGAAAGGCUUGUUGAAAGCUGCUAUACGGGAUCCAGAUCCUGUCGUUGUAUUAGAAAAUGAAAUUUUAUAUGGUAUUCAAUACCCAAUGUCGGACGAAGCCUUGUCGAAAGAUUUCGUUCUACCUAUCGGUAAAGCAAAAGUCGAACGAGUCGGCAAACACAUUACGCUAGUGGCACAUUCCAAGGCCGUCGAACAAGCUCUCGAAGCAGCAGACGAACUCGCUGGGAAAGGAAUAGAAGCAGAAGUAAUAAAUCUUAGGUCUUUGAGACCAUUAGAUAUGGACACCAUUCUCCAGUCGAUAGUAAAAACGCAUCACAUUAUAACUGUGGAGCAGGGUUGGCCGCAUUGCGGUAUUGGAUCAGAAAUUUGUGCUAGAAUUACUGAAAGUGAAGCAUUCUUUCAUCUCGACGCCCCGAUAAUUCGUUGCACCGGAGUUGAUACCCCUAUGCCUUAUACGAAAUCUCUAGAAGCAUUAGCUUUACCACAAAAGAGCGAUGUAGUAUUCGCAGUCAACAAAGUUCUCGGCGUAGAGUAACUAUUUAUAUAAGUCUCUAGGAAAAUUUAAAUUUCUCCUUUGACUGUCCCUCAAAAUUUCUAACAAACCCCUUUAUCCCCUCUCAAUAUGGCGUCCCGUAUUUCCUUGUUAGAUAGAGAAAAAGUAGCGGAGAGUAAGUACAAAGUUUAACGGUAAUAAAAUAAUUAGAGAAUCGUUUUGACGUGUCGAUUCAUGAAAAUUCGAACAUACCGUGAUUUAUAGACAUACAAACGUAUAUUUCUCCUGUAUAUAUAUGAGCAUAACUUGUGGGUCGAAUACUUAAAUUUGUUGGACAUCGUAAUGUGUUCAUUUAAAAUUAUAAACAGUUUCAUGUUGUUGUUGAAACGAAAUAUUAAUUUUUGAAUACGAUUGAAAUAGUGUUGACCUAUUGUCACAUAUGUACGUAAGAACCAUUUAAAAAUUAUUCUUCCUGUUUAAAAAUUUUCCCUAAGGACAAUCUGGUAAAUCGCACCAAUACGUUGAUAAAAUUGUAAAAUUGUAAAUCAUCGGCAUAUAUGCUGCAUUUGUUUAUGAAAUAUUUAUUACUGAAACUUAAUAAAUUAUGGUAUACGUACUA